AUGGCUCCCGGGAGCAUUGCCUCCAGUGACACCUCCACCUCCUCUGCAUCCUUGACCUCCACAGCGGGGUCAUCUGGGCUGUCUGAGUCUGAAAAGCCAGGUAGAAAUCAUGGUGGCUGUCCACCCACAGGCCCGAGCUGUAGCGCUGUCCGGGGCCCACGCCGCCACCCUCCUGUGCUGCGCAUGGUUCUGGAGGCGCUGCAGGCAGGAGAGCAGCGCCGGGGCACCUCGGUGGCCGCCAUCAAGAUUUACAUCCUGCAGAAGUACCCGACGGUGGAUGUCCUCCGGCUCAAGUACCUGCUGAAGCAGGCCCUGGCCACCGGCAUGCACCGUGGCCUCCUGGUCAGGCCCACCAACUCCAAGGCCAGGGGGGCCACUGGCAGCUUCAAAUUAGUUCCCAAGCACAAAAGGAAAGCCCAACCUAGGAAGACCUCUGCCAUGACAGCCCCCAGGAAACACGGUGAGGCCAAGGAGAAGGCUCCCAAGAAACUGAGGGAGGCAAAGAAGGACCCUCCCAACACAGGCGAGGUGAAAAAGGGACCCAGGAAGUCAAGAGAGGCGAGGACAGGUCCUACCAAACCAGGUGAAGCCAAGGAGAAGAUUCCUAAGAAGGGCAGCCAGAACAAUGACCAAGAGGCAAGACUGAGUGAGGCCAAGGAGGCCUCCCAACAGCCAAACAAGGCCAUGCAGGCCCUUCCCAGUGCUACUAGCCCGAUGGGGAAGUCAAAGGUCAAAGGCAGAAGGAGCAACCAAGAUGGAGAGGUCCACAGGAAAAUGAAAGCUGGGAGUCAGAGUUCAAAAUCCACGGUCCCCAAGGACAAGAAUACUGCUGCUUCUCCAGCCAAAAGGAAAGAAAACAAGGUCCCUAAAGAAGUUGUUGCCCAUGGGGCCACGGCAGGGCCCAAGGCCAAGGCCAAGGCCACUGCUCUUCCUAGGACUGGUGGGUCUAAGACAGUGCCUGCACCCCUGGCCAGGAAGACAGAGGCCCCCAAGGGCCCGAGAAGGCCCGGCAUGCCCACCAAGACCUCGUCGUCCAAAUUGGCCAGUAAGAAAACAGAAGCUGAAAGCUAGAUCUGGGGUGGGGAGAGGCUUAGAUUCUGCUUGAGUUUUUAUUCCCCACAUCCCAUUACUCUAUUUAUUUUGUUGUAACCUAUUUAUCAAUAAAGACUUUUUUCCCUCACAAAUUGGAGUGGGGAGAGGCUGA